AUGCUUCAAGUGACCCCCAAAAUGAAUCUUUUGAAGAUUUACACAAAGAUCAAGUCAAUAAAAACCGAGAAUCAUCAUCUUGAUCCCAAGGACCAGGGAACGAUUAAUCUCAAUGUCACCGACUCAACGCAAAGUCUUCAGCAAGAUGAACAUUUUAAAUACGAAAACUAUGCUAGCGAGGACGAGGAUCAGGAAAUGGCUAUCAAUAAUAAUAGUGAUGAUGAUUGUUCCAUUAAAACCGAAGGCGAUGAGCUAAACUGUGGUGUAGCGCCCCAUAGCCUCGAGGAAGAAACAAAAACAACAAAAGCAACAAUAAAAACAACAAAAGCAACAAUAAAAACAAUCCAGAGUAAGAAGAUGAGUUGGAUAAAGAAACAUGAGAGAUCAAGAUCCUUGCCGUCGCUGUUUCUUGUAGAAGAUGACGAUGAUGCAUGCCGGUUGCCACCAAAAACCAGGGUGAAUGAUGUGAAUAGGCAACUCAUGAUGUUGCAGCAACAACAAAUGAAUCAACGUGAAGAUAUACAAAAAAGAAGGGAGAAUUUCCUGAAAGCUCAUAGGCAUACGUUCCAUUAUCAAGAUUUCCCAAAACAUUAUGGUGAAAUUCAAAAAAUUACAAGUAAUGAAGAUGAUUGUGUGGAUUGA